GCCAUCUCUGUGAACGGGAGUGACAAGCUACUGCAGGGAUUCAGUCGGAGAAUGGAAAAUGCUGUUGUAUUAAACAAUAAAACUGACAUUCACCGAGCCAAAAUGCUUAUGUUAUCAUUAAUUAGCUCAGGGAUUGCUCGUUCUUGUUACCUAACUGCGUCGCUAGUUAGUCGAACUCGGCUUGAAGCUUUGCGGAGAGAGCUAGCUAGCCAACCAGCUGUCAUACAGAGCCAGCUCGGGCUCCACUUACCCGUUUAUGACAACUGUACCCUCGUUAACUAUAAUAUUUUAGAGACAGUUCGCUAAGAACCGCUGAAAAAGUGACAGCACUGGUUGGCGUAGUUAGCACCGCUGUUAGCAUAGUGGCUAGUUGGCCAACUCCGUUAUGACAUAUCGUUUCGGCGGCUGUAGCUGCAAGUGUUUGACCAUUUAGACAUGCUGUCAAUGUGCUAACAGAACAGCCGUAGUGUCGCACUGCUGCCGCUUCAAUACAGUUGUUUGGUCAUGUUUUAUAACGGAGUGACAAAUGUGGCAAGUCAUAGUUGUGCUACAUCUUAGCUAGCUAGCCCAACAUGCUACAUUCAAACCAACUAGCGCCAAAAACAGAUGAGCAGUGACAGACUGAUGUUACAGCCCAUUCAGCAGCUAAAGUAUGCUCUUGGCCCAGAUAAACCGGGACUCCCAGGGUAUGGCAGAGUUUCACGAUGCAGAUGGGCAGCCAGUCACACUCUGUCUUACAGAGGCCGUGACAGUAGCAGAUGGUGAUCAGAUGGACAGCAUUGACACAGUGAGCCUGCAGGCUGUGACUCUUGCUGACGGAUCGACUGCAUAUAUCCAACAUGACUCCAAAGCCUCCUUUUCUGACGGACAGAUUAUGGACGGCCAGGUGAUCCAGCUGGAGGACGGCUCUGCUGCCUACGUUCAGCACGUGUCCAUGCCUAAAGCAGGAGGGGACAGUUUACAGCUCGAAGAUGGACAGGCAGUUCAGUUAGAAGAUGGAACAACUGCCUAUAUUCACACACCAAAAGAUGCGUAUGACCAGAGCGGCCUACAGGAGGUACAGCUGGAGGAUGGCAGCACUGCCUACAUCCAGCACACGGUGCACAUGCCUCAGUCCAACACCAUCCUGGCCAUCCAGGCUGAUGGCACCAUCGCAGACCUGCAGGCUGAAGCCACGGCCAUCGACCCUGAGACCAUCAGCGUGCUCGAACAGUACACCACCAAGGUGGAAAAUAUAGAAAACCCUUUGGGGUCGUUUGGCAGAGUGGAAGCAGACAAUGGUGUCCACAUGCGGAUUGUGCUACAGGGUCAAGACAACAGGCCAGGAAGGGUGUCAAAUGUAGGAGAAAAGUCUUUCCGUUGUGACUAUGAAGGCUGUGGAAAGCUCUACACCACUGCCCACCACCUUAAAGUACAUGAGCGCUCCCACACAGGAGACAAACCGUAUGUCUGUGAUUACCCUGGCUGUGGGAAGAAGUUUGCAACAGGGUAUGGACUGAAGAGUCAUUCACGCACACACACGGGGGAGAAGCCAUACAGAUGUCAGGAGAUGAACUGCUGCAAGUCCUUCAAAACCUCUGGAGACCUUCAAAAGCACACGAGGACUCAUACAGGAGAGAAGCCUUUCAAAUGUCCCGUUGAAGGUUGCGGCAGGUCGUUUACCACCUCCAAUAUCCGUAAAGUUCACAUCAGAACACACACCGGAGAGCGGCCAUAUUAUUGCUCUGAGCCAAGCUGUGGACGGUCAUUCGCCAGUGCUACCAACUACAAAAACCAUAUGAGGAUUCACACUGGAGAGAAACCCUAUGUGUGCACUGUUCCUGGUUGUGAAAAGCGCUUCACAGAAUACUCAAGUCUAUACAAACACCAUGUUGUUCACACACCCUGCAAACCGUACAACUGCAACCAUUGUGGGAAAACCUACAAACAGAUCUCCACUCUCGCUAUGCACAAACGCACAGCACACAACGACACAGAGCCCAUUGAGGAGGAGCAAGAAGCCUACUUUGAACCCCCAACAGAUGCCAUCGAUGACCCUAAUGUGAGCUACACAACGGCGGUGGUGGAGGCUGAUGACUCCGGCUCAGAGCAGGUUCCAGUAGAGACCUCAGACAUGGUUGGUCAGCAGCAUGUUGCCUUGGUAACGCAGGAGGAUGGAACACAACAGCAGGUCAGUAUUUCUGAAGCAGACUUACAAGCUAUGGGUGGCACAAUCACCAUGGUAACGCAAGAAGGCACAACCAUAACAAUCCCAGCCCACGAACUGGCCACGCAAGGCGCGCACUCUGUUACCAUGGUAACAACAGAUGGCUCAGAUGAACAGGUGGCCAUCAUGACUCCUGAUAUGGCCUCAUUCCAAACUGUGGAGGAGGCAGGCUACAGCCAAGAGCAGGAUGAUAUUCAUCGUGUCACGUUACUGGCCACCUCCAAUGGCACUCACAUUGCUGUGCAGCUCAGUGAUCAGCCUUCGCUGGAAGAAGCCAUCAGAAUAGCGUCAAGAAUACAGCAAGGAGAGUCACCAGGCCUGGAUGAUUGAUGGACUCAUUAUGGACAAUGAUUUAGGAUCAAGACCAGUUCAAAUGGACUAUAUCAAUGGGAGAAAUGAUGAGUCUUCCUCUAUGUUUUUUCCACAAAAGAACUUAGCUUUUAUGUGUACAUAGGAUUUUGAUAACUGGAGUUCUGCUAUGCUAUUUUGUCCCUCAACUAAAAAAUGAGAGAGGGGAAAAAUGCUUUCUAAUGUUUAUGGUGCACAGUGCACAGUGCAGUGUACAGCUAAUGCUAUUUCUAAUUAAAAAAAUAUUGUGUGAUUAA